AUGGCGUCUGCUGCAGAAGAUUCCCCCCUGUUACCGACCCAGCAUAACCCGGCGUCCCCGCGGGCGAAUCGGACGUCGCGGUCGGUGACCUUCAACCCUUUGACGCAAAUCAGUACGUAUGGCGGCACCACCUCCGAUCCCACCUUUCGUCCAUUGCAGACUGGCUCUUCUCCCGUUCAAAACAUCAAUGCACAAGGCGGCUCGCCUCGUCCCGCCAGUCAGCCUAUGCUGUCAGCAUUGAAUAGCAAACUUCGUCGUCGCAACAGCCAUGGUGCUCCCUACAGCACACCGCCGAAUACGGCCAACGCUUCGAAAAUCGGACCGCAACGUACGACCAAGAAAGCCCAGAAAUUGAAAUUGCUCCCGGAUCCAGUGACUGCCGAGGAAGAAGAGAGCGAUGGGGACUUCCCUCGUGAUGUCUAUUCGCAAAUCACUCGCAUCAAGGAGCCUGCUGCGCGAAGCCAUGCCGCCCGGCUAGGCAAGGCCGACCGAGACCGCAUUCCUCGGGUGACUGCAUACUGUACGGCCAAUUCCUAUCGUCUCGAAGGGGUCAUCAAAUUCCUCAAAUCCCGGGCCAAAACGCGUGGGGCCAACCCCAAGCUAUACGAUGAGUGCGUCUACUCCGGCUUCGACUACGAAUAUGAAGAGAAGCAAAACGUGCGAGUCUUCCCACCUCCUACCGGCAAUGGACACCAUGAACGACGACCAAGCGAACGCAGAUAUUCGGAUAGCGUUGUGGAAGUGGAUGAUAACACGAAGACUCGAAGAGAAGAUCUCAUUGAUUUCCGCGACGAGACAGCUGGUCACGCUGAGAACACAGAGCGCGCGAUUACCGCACCGCAGCCAUCUGAGCAGGCGUAUGAUAUCGACACAACAAUUCAUAUGCCGGAAAUCUUCUUGUUUGACUACGGAACCGUUGUGAUGUGGGGUAUGACACCUGCACAAGAAUCACGUUUCUUGUCGGACAUAUCGAAAUUUGCGUCCUCCAUAUUGAGUCCGGAUGACACACAAGUUGAGAACUUCAACUUCUAUUAUGCGCGUGAAUACCAAGCCCGGAUAUACAACGACUUCAUCUCGCUACGCGAGCCACGCAACCAUAUGAUCAAGUUGGCAAUCUCACAUGCUCUAGCCCAAUCAGUCAAGACCUCUCUCUUUGAAGAUCUGGUAUCUGAAACUAUUUCAGACACCGCCCCAUUGCCAGCCCAGAUUGCGCAGACGGGCAGUGUCAAUCUCACACGCAAGCAAAUUAACAUGCAGAUCGGAGAACUCUUUAUCUUGCGAAUCAACAUCCAUCUACAAGGGUCUGUUCUGGAUAGUCCAGAACUUUUCUGGGCGGAGCCCCAGCUUGAACCUGUCUACCAAGCUGUCAGAAGCUAUCUUGAGAUGGACCAGAGAGUUGGUCUACUCACGGAGCGACUGGAUGUCAUUGCCGAUCUUCUUGCAGUGUUGAAGGAUCAGUUGACACACCGCCACGGCGAAUAUCUUGAAUGGAUUGUCAUCGUUUUAAUCGCUGCUGAGAUUCUUGUUGCAGCUCUCAAUAUUGUUGUUGAUCUUUACGCCGGCGUUGAGUGA